GGGACGAAGAAAGCACAAUGGAAGAUGGCUGAAAGCCGCAAAAGACUACUGAGCACCCUGGAUCUGGGUAUCUUUGGACGAGUUCUUUUGAAUUGAUGGAUGUGUGAAACUGCUAAUAUGUAAACCACAAUCUGAUGGAUUUAGUGUGUAAGAGAAACAUGAGGACAGGUUAAAACAGGAGGUAAUCUUCUUGAAGAUGUAAAACUGCAGCACAACAGCAGUAAUGGGACAACCUAUUGCAGAAAGAUGUCGGCUGUGUCAAGACCUCUUCAAACAAGGAGCUGAACCCACAGAAUUAUGUGACCAACAAAGCCUGAGCCUUUUGCUUCACAAUGCAGUCCAGAUCCCUCGGCAGCUGGGUGAGGUACCUUCAUUUGGAGGCAGCAACAUUGAACCAAGUGUCCGCAGUUGCUUCCAACAUGGCCAGAACAAACCAGAGAUUGAUGUUAAACACUUUGUAGAGUGGAUGAGACUGGAGCCUCAGUCCAUGGUGUGGCUGCCUGUUCGACACCGUGUGGCAGCUGCUGAAACUGCAAAACAUCAGGCUAAGUGUAACAUCUGCAAAGAGUACCCACUCGUAGGUUUCAGGUGCCGCAGCCUCAAACACUUAAAUUAUGACAUCUGCCGAAGCUGUUUCUUUUCGGGACGCACAUCCAAGGGGCACAAGUUACAUUACCCAAUAGUGGAGUACUGCACUUCAACAACAUCAGGUGAAGAUGUGCGUGAUUUCACCAAGGUGCUGAAAAAUAAGUUCAGAUCAAAGAAAUACUUGGCCAAGCAUCCUCGUUUGGGUUAUUUCCCAGUACAAACAGUCCUAGAAGGACACAAUCAUCGCCUUGGAAGCUUCAUCACGAUACUACUUUGCAUUUCUGAAGAGGGAAGAAGAAAUCAAUAUGCAAAUUCAAUUCCAUGGUUUUGGAAGUCCCAUUGAGAACACGAUUCAUUUGCG